CAUUUACCUAUGUGGAAAUUGAUCGACCGACUAAUAAAAGUCUUGACUCUAAAAAACACUCAAUUGGCAUCGUCAAGAAACCUGCCACUCUUCUAUUAAUCUUACGUUCUUCGACAGGGAGAGCUCAAUUUUUAAUCAAGCAACUGUACAUUUUGAAGUGGUAAACUAUUACGACGUUCCCGAGAUCAGAAUCAUCAGCAGAGGCCAUGAGAAGAAACAGGAAACAAUUCCUGGGGCUACAUUAUGAAUGAGAAUGACAGAGGCGGAAAUGAAGAAGUAGAAAUCAACGGUAGUGAGGAUCCCACUAGCAGUCUCCUGGAAGACGCUCCAACUGAAGCCAACGGCAACCCAACCACCCACCACUCGGUAACUAAUCCUCGGCCUACCACCAUGUCCAAAGUGGCUUCUCUCCUGCACGUCUUUCUGGUGCUGGUGCUGAGAGUGGUCUUCCGCUUCUGGAAGGUGUGCAUUGCGGAACUCCUGCUCGUAAUCCUGGUCUUUUGGCUGUAUGGAGGGGUCUUUGUCUUCUUCCUCAUGGUGGCAGCUCUUGUCACUCUGGUCUACAAUAUGCAAGAUUUCCUGCUCUACUUCCCCGACAACCCCAAGAUGUCAACAGUCUUCGUUCCUUCGGCAGCCAUCUUGGACCUUCCAUAUGAGAACCUGAUGAUAAAGACUUCGGACUGGGUCAAAAUUAGUGCAGUUUUACUCAAACAGCCUCCAGAUAGAGCAGCAAGGUCACCUACAAUUGUAUUACUUCAUGGCAAUGCUGGAAACUUGGGGCAUAGAUUAUACAAUGCUAAGAUGCUGUAUACUGUAAGCCAUUGUAAUGUGCUUUUACUGGACUACAGAGGGUACGGAAGAAGUGAAGGAACCCCGUCGGAAUCAGGUCUAUACACAGAUGCUCAAUCAACACUGGACUACCUCCAUACGAGACGAGACAUCGACCCGACACAACUCUUCGUCUUUGGUCGAUCGCUAGGGGGCGCCGUUGCAAUCCAUAUAGCAGCGCAGAAGAUGAACAACGGAAGGUUAAAGGGGCUGAUCAUAGAGAAUACCUUCACCUCGAUACAAGAAAUGGGCAGUCAUUUGUUUUCGGGGGCAGUGAACUGGGUUCCUCUGUGUUUAGUCAAGAAUAAGUUUUUAUCAAAUAGGAAAGUAUCAUCCAUUCAUGCUCCAACCUUGUUUUUAGCUGGUACUGCAGAUGAGCUGGUACCACCGAAGAUGAUGAAAGAUUUAUUUAUGAGAUGCAGAGCACCAAAGAAGUCAAUGUAUUGCUUUACUGGAGGAUCUCAUAAUGAGACAUGGCAUUGUGAGAACUACUUCCAAACCAUCAGGGACUUUUUAUGGAAAAUCCCUGGCAGUAGAAGAGCAGACAGUAGCUACAACACUCAUCCACACUCUAACCACCCUCAUCAUCAUCAUCAUCAACAACAUCAUCAUCCUUACGUUGGACCAGCAGUCCCUGCUAAUGCAUCAUCGGUAGUGUUCAAUGCAUGAUGAGUGAUAGAGAUGCUACGAUUCAUCUAGCUCAGAGUAAAGUAUCAGGGAAACUCCAAAGAUUAUUUUAGCCUGUAUCUUUAAUCGACAACAUCAAAGAUUUCAGUGUAUCUGAUGACUGUAUGAAGCAGCCUACUAGAGCUUGAAUCAGACAAAAACAUGAAAUAAAGUGAUAUUUUUUAUGUCAACUGAUGUUCUUGAUUCUUUAUAGCCCUCCUCGAGCUUGAGUGGGGACAGAGCAUCAAAUAAAGUGAUAUUUUUAUGUCAACUUAUGUUCUUGAUACUCGCUAGAAAGCUCUACUAGAGCUUGAAUGGGACAGAGCAUCAAAUGAAAUGAUAUUUAUAUGUCAAUAAAUGUUCACUAUUCCAAAUGAUAAAAUUCUAUGAUACUUAGUAACGCAUGGGACAUACAUGUAGCUUGGACUAGCCCAUCAAUAAGCUAGCGACUGUACAGAGUCCAAGCUCAAUGUGUGAGCAACGUAUUCUGUCUUUAAAGCCCGUCUGGACUAGUUUGGCCAGGGGGGAUUAGACCACUCUGCAAGGUCACUGACAGGUGGCUCUCAAUUAACAUAAGAAA